CUGGAAGCGGCCAACAGCUCUUCAGCUUUGCGAGGGGAAUAAGACCGAUCGCGCCUCUUUUUCUUUUUUUUUCUUUUAACGCUUCCCUGGCUCCCCCUUGGCAGAUCCUGGUCGCGGGGAGGGUCGCUCGCGGGGGUCGAUUUUGCCCCCCCCCCGCCACCCCACCCCGAGCAAGUUCGAGAUCUGUUACGGAUGCAUCUAUUUAUAUUUUCCUCCCUUUUUUUUUAGGUUAAUGUCAGAACAGUGAUGUGAAUACAAUACAAUUCCAGGAAUCCACCACUUCCUGGAAUAGAUUAAAAGGGCGCAAACAAAAGAUUACUGAGUAUUGCUCCUCUUUUUUUUUCCCUCCCCGCUCCCUCCUCCCCCCCUCCGCCGGCAGCGCUCCGAGGGCUGCAUUACUUGAAGAGCCAGCGCCGAGGGCAGCCGCGGCCAGUUUUGUCUCCGCUCACUGCUUCCGUACCGUUCGCCCGGGAGAGAUUAUUUAUUGCGAUAGACGUCUAUAUUUAUUGUUUUGUCAGUCCCUCCCUUUUGAUUUCACUGGCGAUUCUGAGCGCCACCCGAAAAGGAGAGACCAUUUUUUCCCUUUCUUAUAAGACUCACAUCCAAAAGAGUCACUUCUGUGUUUGAAGCUCAAGAAGAGUUUUGUGGAAACCAGCGAAGGACACGGACAUUUUCCUGCUCGUGGGCUGCCCUGAGUCCAGGCUUUCUAGGGAAGCUCGAAUACUUUUCUCGGAGGGAAUCUCCCAGGUGCUUUCGAGAGGACGUGUUCGGAUAAAACCAGCCUCCUCUAGCUCAGCAGCUUCGCCACCGACGGUGGGAGAUCAAAAGUGACGACAGAGAAGGUAGCCGAGAGAGGGAAAGGGAUUCCUCCCCCCCCCCCCCCCAUAAUCUCCCGUCCCUGGACGCCUUGAUGUUCUUUCAUUGGUCCUGGAGGGACAUGAUCCUCUGCGUUCAAGGAUCUCAUCCUUUGCUGGCAGAGGAAAAAUUCCAGAGACUGUCGUUUGGGGACCUUGCAGUGAAUGUGUCAGAGACGGUCAUGCAACCUCUAGCAGUUCCACCUUUCCAAGAACAGUCUGCUCCUCCCUCUGUGGCAGCCACACUUGAGAGCAACCCACCUCAAGCUCGAGAUCCAGAAGAGGAUCUGCUCUGCAUUGCCCAGACAUUUUCUUAUCUGCGAGAAUCUGGCUGGUACUGGGGCUCUAUUACAGCCAGUGAAGCCAAGCAGCAGCUCCAAAAGACACCUGAAGGAACUUUCCUGGUACGAGACAGCACUCACCCCAGUUACCUAUUCACACUCUCAGUGAAGACCAACCGAGGACCCACCAAUGUGCGCAUCGAAUAUGCUGACAGCAAGUUCCGGUUGGACUCCAACUGCCUCUCCAAACCACGAAUUCUAGCCUUUCCAGAUGUGGUUAGCCUUAUCCAGCAUUAUGUCCUUUCUUGCACUGUGGAGAGCAAGAGUGAGGCCCCUUACCCACCGCCCUUGCCUCUGCCUCCCAUCCAUAAGGAGAUGGCGGCCUCAGCCGUCCAUUUGAAACUCAUCCGGCCACUCAGCCGCAGGGACAGUGUUCCCAGCCUACAGCACCUCUGCCGGCUGCAGAUCAACCGAUCCACAGCGGAAACAGAACAGUUGCCUCUACCAAAGAGAAUGAAGGACUAUUUGAAGCAGUACCCUUUCCGGCUUUGAGGACACUUUCAGUUUCGCCUGAAGUGGACAGAUGAUAAAAACAACAUUAAAAACAAAACAAAACAAAGAACACAGGUGGAACACUUUGAGCUACUAGGGUGCCAGAAUAGCUACUGGGCACAGUUCAUUAGUGGCUUUCUGAAGAGAUUGUAUCUCUUCUCCACUCUCCAAAUUUUCCUGUAGCAACCUUGAUUCCAUUCCUGUGCCAUGGAGGAGGCUGCUUGUACCACUAGUUGCGCGCAUGUUGGCACACAAUUCCAGUGCUCAAACCUCAGGGCUUCUCUCUCUCUCUUGUUGACUGUGGCUGUGAGGAGACUCUCGUGACUUGUGCACAGUACUUGAAUUUCAGAGUCACUGUCAUACUGACAAUGCUCAAUCAUUGUUACUGUCAUUUAUUUAUACCCAUAGUAGUUUGAAUUCUCCUCCCCUCACCCCCUAUCAUUUCUAAGUGUGGAUUGUUUUAUUUUCCCUUCCUUUGUUCCCUUUCCUUUUACGAACGCAUUAUCAGAGAUGGGUUCCAACUGCAUCUAUCUGAAACAGUCCUCUAUUCCUGGAAGUUUUAAAUGUGGACUUUGUUUUAAGUUCUGGCCACUGCCUGCUCCACAGCCUGUGUAGGUGUAUGCAUUUCUGUUCUAGUGCCCCGCAGAUUUCUUGGCUAGACUGGAGCCAAGAUGGUGAUGGCUGUAGUCUGACACAUGUAGAAAUCACCAGGUUUAGGAAGGCAUGAACAUGUUGAAAAUUUGGCUCCAGUCACAUUCACCAUCCAGAUUUUGGGUCCCAUCACUGUGGCACACAGAAUUGCUUUCCUUCUCCCAUCUACCAUCAUCCAAGCCCGAAUAGUCCAUUUGGUCCAGGAUCACAGGGACAGUCUUCUUCCCACUUUCAAGCAGAAAAUACUGUUAUCCAGUAUUUUCAUGCACACACAGCUCUCACUGCAGAAAGCUGUAUAGGCAAUUUGAUAAAAUGCUGGUCACAUAUGACUAGUACCUCAUCAGAUUGCUUCUCCAGUUGGAUCUUAUUGUGUGUAGGUAUAUAAUAGAACCCUGGAUAUAGAUUUGUUUUUUUAAAUAAAAACAGAGAGGGCUACUGAAUAGUACUUGUCACACAAGGCUUAAACGCCUUGUAGCACCACAGGGUUUCAGAGACAACUGGAUGCUAAUAGGAAAGGCUUAACGCAUCGGCUUAAGCCAAAAUAGUGUUUUGAACCUUCUAUCAGAAUCAAAACAAUUAAAAACUUCCUCAAUGUCCUUUUUGGCUUCCCUAGACUUCAUGUGUACUUCUUAACUUCUGCUCCUUCUGUAACAUAUAGAGGAAGAAAAAGAUGGCAUGAAGGGUCAUCCAAGCAUCCACCCUUUUUGUACACUAUGUUCAGGUACACCUUGUAUGUGUUAGGAAGGAGGUUGAGACCCCAUAGUAGAUUGUCUAAGGUUAUAGAAAAGCCUUUGGCAUUAUUUCUGCCUUCCAUUUCUUCCUCAGCCUCAUGGCAUAUUCUCUGAACUCAUAUGGUAAAUGCAGAUGGUUGUCCUCCAUUUUGUGUCUAAAUUCUCAGGACAGUUUAUGGGUCUCUAUUUAAAAAAAAAACCCUAAGCCUGAUCUUGAAAGAGGUACCUUUGCUGUGUCACAGGGUCGAGAUGCAAGGAGGACCAAGUCCUGCCUUCUGCAGUGUGGUGCCAGUGGCCGUGUUGACUGGUGAUGGUGAGACCUGUUGGCCAACACACCUAGAGGGCACCAGGUUGGGGAAGCUAGAUAAGAUGCUAGAGUUAUUUGACAGAAAUGUAAGAGGUAAUGUAUGAAACAUACUAGAUCAGUAAUUUAGUAUGACCUGAUAUAUUUAGUCAGGGUCCUUCUUUUUUAUGUUUUCUAUUUCUAGAUUUCCUUUGGUUACUUUGACAACUGAAUGAAACUGUGUACAUGUGUGAUAUCUGGUUUGUUGAUCACUGGUCUUUUGACUUUAUGUGCCGUGGCAAGUGCUGCAGCGGGAGUGAAUGAAUGAGAGGAAGAAAAUAUAGUAAAAAUAAAAUACAAUAAAUGCUAUUUUUUAACUUAA